AUGAAAAUGAACCAGGUGAUGGAUCUGGAGUGUGAGGACAAGGACGUGGGGUUGGAGGAGCUGCGAUGGAUUCACAGACACAAGACGGGGGCGCUGCUUAAGGUGGCGUGCACAGCGGGGGCUCUCCUCGGCGGGGCCUCGGACAAGGAUGUCAAGAACAUGGAGGUGUUUAGCGAGUCCAUCGGGCUGGCCUUCCAAGUCGCGGACGACAUCCUCGACUGCACGGCAACGUCGGAGCAGCUGGGCAAGACGGCGGGCAAGGACGAAGCUGUGAACAAGACUACAUACCCAAAGCUGAUGGGGAUGGACGGCGCCAAGAAGGAAGCGCGCAGGCUUGUGGACGAAGCGCACAAGGCGUUGGAACCCUACGGCGAGAAGGCCCGGCCUCUGCUGGCCAUCGCCGACUACAUCAUCGAGCGCAAGAACUAGAAUAUAAGAGAAUAAUAAACCGCAGUAAGUACGCAGCAGCGGAAGAAAAAAAAAAAAUAAAAUGACGACGUACACCGUCCGUGCCGGUGCUGGUGAAAACCUGUCGGUGAAGGCUUGUGCCGUUCUUUUAGAGGUGGAGGGCUGGGCGUUGUAGACGGAACGUGGCCAGGGAACUACACAUACACAUUGAGAUUUUUUCAAGUGCACAAUAGCCGAGACCAUCGUGGGACAAGCAUGCACACACACGUCAUGGGGUUGGUGGAGGGGCUCGUGGAGGUCGGUCUUGCAAGAUCGAGGCUACGAGACUACCAUUUAGUUUUACAAGCAGUUUGACCACUGAACACAACAUGGGGAAAACGCCUGCCUUCCUCGAGAACUCCUCACCUGGGCACGCACGCGAUGGAAAAAUAGCGAGUGUUGUGCGGUGGUUCGGCUCGGCAGGCAGCUGCCACACCUUUGAAAACGGUGUUUUAUGUCUUCGCCAGGCCAGGAAAGAGCGAAACCCUUUGCAAUUUACCAUGGUUGGGUCAUCAUUGAUCGUCGACGUCUGCGUGAAUUUUUUGUGCGUGUCUGUGUGCUUUUCCCGAAGUUGUCGUAAGCAGGAGUUUUUCUUUUCGGCUCGUGCCUCGGUGUAGACUGGCGCUAGAAAUGAUGAGACCGAAAAAAAGAAACGCACAAAAACGUGUAGGAUUGGCGCCUUUGGUGCGACUUGUCGUAGGCAGACAUUUUCCCGUCUUUCGCGUGCCCUAAUUCUCGUCUCUGAAAGACUCUACUUAAGU